AUGUUUGGUAUAUGUCAAAACCUUCCGGACCAAUUAAAUUUACCAGUAGACUCGCCUGAACCCCAGCAGUCUCUGUAUAGGCACCCGAAGCUUUCAGGAACAGCGAAUACUUCAAAAUGGCUCUGCAUUAUAGUUUACAUGGCCAUGUUACUACAGACUCAAGCUCAGAAAUAUAAUCAUCAUUGGGAUCAAGCUCCGAAGUGGGGCUGGCCGAAGUUUACCUAUUGGCCGAAUAGGCCUACAUAUCAAGUUCGUUUUACAGACAGAAUUUCACUUAUAAUUCUUAAUAUUCCGAACUACCAAAAUAGGACUUCAAAGUACACGGUUAUUGCGCCGUCAGUUCUUAUUGACAACAGUCGAGUACUUACGGCAUACAACCCUUUCAGAGCGAUAUUGCGUGACCCCGAGAUUGCAAAUAAAUUGGUUGUAGCCUUCGUAUCAAGUUAUACUCAAAAACAUGUCGUAGGGAUGCACAUAGCUGAAAUCGUAUGCGCACGCCAAGUAGCAUUCUUGCCAGAUAAUAAGGUCAAAUACUGGCAUGGAUCCGAUCUAAAGCAUUCCCCUCAACAUGACUUGCUGAUAAUAAGAGUAGAAGAAGAAUUUCCGUACCCUAAUUUCUCAACAUAUUAUGAGUAUAGUAAGGAUAUUGAAGUUAAAGGCUACGGUUAUAGUGGUCCUCUCUGGACAUUUCUCGCUAAGCGUGAUCAAGGACUAGCUAAAGGUGUGUACAUUUACAACUUAGGUUUCAGUAAAAUGGAAAUAAAAGAAAAUAAUAAAAUUCGCAAGCUUUAUCUUAAUGUAGAAGAAACUCUUGUGGACUGUCGGGAGUGGAUGCCACAAGAAUGGGGAUAUUUUAUGUGCUUUAAAAAUAAAUCCAACUACCAUGGACUGGGGGCUGGCGCCAUGCUAUAUUCUAGCAAUAAAUUAUUCGGAGUUGGCUCCUUUGCCCUGUGGAGGAACAACACGGGUAUUUAUGUAUUUACGGACGUAAGAGUUUAUGAAGAACUUCUGAAUCAUACCUGUACGGAUGAAGAGUUUUUUUUUAAGUGGUAG